AAUUAAUCAUGGAAGUAUCCGCUGAGGCUUUGACCGACAAAUACAACUAUUUCUUGUUUGAUUGAGACGGAGUCCUGUGGGACCAAGAAGAACCAAUUGAAGGAGCAAUUGAGUUCAUCAAAUAUUUGACAGGCAAGGGAAAGACUGUAUUUUUUGUCACGAAUUCGAGCUGGAGAGGCCAAAUCGAGGUGUAUGAGCAAUUUAAAAGAAUUGGGUUUGAAAUGGGAAGCGAAAUAGAGAGUUCACAGUUUUAUUCAGCAACUUCAUCAGCUGUCUCAUACUGCAAAAAUGCUUUAAAAAGUAAGAAGAUAUUCGUUUUUGGACUUGAAGGAGUCUCUGCUGAAAUUAGAAGGCAAGGUCUUGAGGCUGUAGAACCGCCAAAAGAUUAUUAUGAAAAUUCAAGAUGAGGAGAAGCAGAAUUUGAAGAAAUGCAGUCAGACCCAACUAUUGAUACUCUUAUAUGAGGAUAUACAAAUAAAUGGACUUACAAGAUGCUGUGAUACGCAAGUAUUUUGAUAAGAAGUGGCACACACUUCGUCGCAUCAAAUAUAGACAAUGUGUGGUCAACAGGGACUAGACAAAUGCCAGGUGGAGGAUCAAUUAUGAAGAUGCUUGAAGCAGCAGGCGGAAAGAAACCAAUUAUUAUUGGAAAACCCUCUAAAAUUCUAUUUGAUACCAUCAUUGAAGAACAUAAACUUGAAGAUGUUCCUCUUGAUGAGUUCAUUAUGAUUGGAGAUAAGUUAGACACUGAUAUUAAGUUUGGAGAAAAUAUUGGAAUUGAUACCAUGCUUGUAUUGACAGGAGUGACUACUAAAUCAAACUAUUCCGAAACAAAAGACGAUCCUACUAAACCUGUGCCAACCUAUGUAUCUGAAAGAUUACCAGAAGUCAACCUUGAAUAAAGAUCAUCUCAAACCCAAUACCUUCAA